AUGGAAAUCUUAUCUCGGUUGCUUGAGAACAAAUUCUCGGAUGGAUCAAUAGGCUACCACCCUAAAGCCAGGGACGUCAGGAUCUCUAGCUUAGCAUUCGCUGAUGAUCUAAUGAUCUUCUAUGAUGGGAAAGCCUCUUCUCUCCGAGGUAUUAAGUCAUUUCUGGAAUCCUUCAAGAGUCUAUCAGGCCUCGAGAUGUACACAGAGAAGUCUGCUGUCUACACUACGGGGUUAGAAGAUACUAAUAAGGAAGACACCCUGGUCUUCGAUUUUAUUAACGGUAUGUUCCCUUUCUGCUACCUUGGGCUACCCCUUCUACACCGCAAGCUUAGGAGAUCUGACUACUCACAGUUGAUCGAUAAAAUAGCUGCUAGAUUCAAUCAUUGGGCCACAAAGACCCCUUUUUUUGCUGGCAGACUCCAGUUAAUCUCUUCAGUUAUCUACAGUACGGUGAACUUCUGGUUGUCCUCAUUUAUAUUUCCUAAAUGCUGCCUCAAGACUAUUGAACAGAUGUGCAACAGAUUUCUCUGGGGUAAUGACAUCACCAGGAGAGGGGACAUCAAAGUUUUGUGGCAGAACUCAUGUCUCCCUAAGGCGGAAGGAGGUCUGGGAUUGAGAAACUUCUGGAUCUGGAACAAAACCGCUGAACCUCAUACUCAUAUGGAUGUUAUUUGCUAG